AUGGAUGCUAACAGAGCCAGGACGGCCAACAACCAGGACCAGAAGUGGCAGAAGGAUGCGGUCGACCAGAACUUUGACUACAUGUUCAAGAUUCUCAUCAUCGGGAACAGCAGUGUUGGCAAGACGUCAUUUCUCUUUCGGUACGCUGACGACUCCUUCACGUCUGCGUUCGUCAGCACAGUUGGCAUUGACUUUAAAGUGAAGACCGUCUUCCGACAGGACAAACGAGUGAAGCUGCAAAUUUGGGACACGGCUGGCCAAGAACGCUAUCGAACGAUUACCACUGCCUACUAUCGUGGUGCAAUGGGCUUCAUUCUCAUGUACGAUGUUACCAAUGAGGAGUCAUUUAACAGCGUCCAGGACUGGGUAACCCAGAUCAAGACGUACUCCUGGGACAACGCUCAGGUCAUUCUGGUGGGGAACAAAUGUGACAUGGAGGAGGAACGAGUGGUGUCCUACGAACGAGGCAAACAGCUGGCAGACCAGCUGGGACUUGAGUUCUUCGAGACCUCCGCCAAGGAGAACAUCAACGUGAAGGCCGUCUUUGAACGCUUAGUGGACAUUAUCUGCGACAAAAUGUCCGAGAGCCUUGACUCUGAUCCGACGAUGGUGAACGCGUCCAAGGGCACUCGAUUGACCGACAACCCUGCUCCAGGGCAGAACAGCAGCAGUUGCCAGUGCUAG